UUUACAUUAGGGGAGAGAAAUUGUGAUUGUGAGGCUCAAGUCAGAAUUCAGUCCAACUACGUGGCUAGUAUGUUCAGAAUAUGAUCCCUGCCCUUUUAGUACGUUUUAAUCUUCUUUUAUGUGGUUGUCAGCUGACGUUGGUUGAUUUGUAUUACUUAACAUUAGCUAACUAGCGAUAGCCAGGUAGCUCGCUCGAGUCAGGUUAGGUCCUAACGUAUUUGGUCCCUGAUUUGUAAACGCAAGGAAUCGCAGCAGGUCAAGACCCUUGAAAAUUGGUGAUCAUGGGUCGGCUGGAUGACGCCGCAAAGCGUAAAGUGGUGGAGCUGCGAGAAGCUGGUUUGAGUUUUCGGAAGAUAAAGGCGGUUCUAGAGCUGGAGAACAUCAAGGUAUCCGCACAAGCUAUCUAUUUGUUUCUCAAAGAGUACAAUGGCAGGAACGGGACAAAUCUGGCAGCGGCAAGGGGCGUUGCUGGUGUUCAGGCGCCCGCGGUGGGCACUGGUGACGGCAGCUCCGCGAGCAGGAGCAACAGCUGGAGGGACCGACAGCUAGGGAGCCUCAUGCGGGAGGCGUCCCGGGUUGCUGGAUUUUCCACAUCCCCUGACCCUACUCAUCAUCAGGGAGGGUCUUCGGCUGAAGAGAGGGGCUCCAGAUCCACAAGUGGCGGGAGCAGAGAGGACAAUGGUGCAAGGAAACAGGAUGAGGAGGAGGAUAUUCGCAUUGUCAGCGUCACGUCUCUGGCACAUAGAGCUCGGCAGGAUGGGACCCAGGCGCAGCGGACAAACAUGACCACGGGUGUUGGAGCCAUGACGGGGAUCUUUGCACGGAGACGCCUCACUCCCUCACCAGCCACCAACCCUGUUCUGUUGGCCCGCAAAAGGCUGCUGGAUAAAGCCAUGCUUCACCGAGCGAGGAUCAGAGAUGGUGGUCUUUCACCUGCCCAGCAGGUGGCGCCCCAACCGAGGAGAGAUCAGUCAUAUAUGCGCAAUAUGAUGUUGCCUCCAGUGUCCUCCUCAAUUGACCUUACUGCGCCCAGGCCCCAGCAAGUGAGGGGGAUUGCGGACAGUCAUCCCGACGCUAGUUUGGCCAGACGAGGCUUCCAGCCACGGAUAGGAGUCCCGCCCCCCCGAGUGGGCGUCCGACUCUCCGACUAUUCAUCACAGGGUGCCUCACUAAUGCAUCGCCUUUCCAUGCGGGCCUUCAUACAGGGGUCUCUUACUUUGAGCGCAUUUAAUUAAGCAUCACAGCAAGCCCUUUCAUUUCUGGCAUUAUGUAGCAAAAGGAGAAAGCAGUCACCCCACCUGGCCUCAAACCUCAGUACAAAACCUGCACUAUGAUCGCAACAUGAAAAAAACAGGCACCUUUGUAUAAUAAUAACACAUUUUAUUUGUAGAGCACUUUAUCAUGUACUCAAAGAACUGAACAUUUUAGGGUAAAAAAGGAAGGCAGGCUUUAAUGAUAAUGGGUUAAUUGAUAUGUAGGCCUAUGUUGUUCUUGUAGGCUAUGAGAAAAGGCCAAGAUUGUCUUAAGCACCGUUUUAUUUUAUUUCGGUAUUGUCUUACCUCAACAAUAGGCUACAGCUCCUUGAAAACAAUCAGAUAUAACUCUAUAAAGUCUAUAAAAAUGUAUUUUUAUGUUAUAUUUGGCUGCUUUGUUUGGCUGAAAUGUAGACUAUUCUUUUUUCAUUUCAAUACAAUAUAUGAUACAAACCUCAG